AUGCAAAUACUCAAACUGUGGAGAAAAUUAUCAGCCUCGAAGUUUCAUUCAUCGGGUCAUCAUUCCCGAACUCAAUUCAAACACUGGAAAGCGCUCGGAAUUGGGAGUGGUCUUAUCAUUCUAGUUACUGGAUUGGGUACUCUUGCCAAUCACUUUCGAGAGAAUCAUAUUUGGCAAGAGGUUCAAGCCUUUUCACUUGAUGAUUUACCUAGUGCUGAUUACACGACAUUUCCUUACCGAUCAGAAAUGUUGCAAAUUCCUAGUCGAGUUGUACAGUUUGAAAGUUUAAAGAAAUUAAUGAAUGAAGAUUCUAAUCAUGAAGCUCAUUUUGAUUUAUGUAUUGUUGGUGAUGGAUUAAUUGGAGCAGCCAUGAGUUAUGAAGCAUCGUUGAGGGGCUACUCGGUGUGUCUACUUUCUCCUCAUGAUUUUGUUUCAUACCAGGAUGAAUUUACAUUGAGUUCAAAUAUGCUUUUUCAUCAUGUGCUGGAUGGAGAUUCGAACGGUGGCUUGACGCCGAAUUUUUUCGAAACCAAAGCCAUGCUAUGCGAACUUGAUGGCGAUGAAAAUUCAACAUUGUCUUGCAAGUUUUAUGAAAAUAUCUAUUCAUCCAUGAAAGAAAAGUUAGAGAAACGAAAUGAUUUAUAUUUUAUUGCACCUCAUUUAAUGAGACAAUUUCGAACGACAGAAGUAUUUACCAACUCACAAAAAUUGAACUAUUAUAGACAAAUGUGGAAGCUACUGGGUUAUGAAUAUUUCGUUUAUGGAAGAGAUUUAUGGAUGGAAAAUUUGUUUUUAGGAGAUAGAAAUAUGUGUGAAGCAAAGUUGGGAAUUUUACGAAACCGAUAUCAAGAACGAGCCAAAGACAUGGAUGACCUUUUUAGAGAGUAUAAGGACGUAAGAAAUGUUUUUCGAUGCAUAACGUACUAUGACAGUGGAGUUUUGAAUUUCCCUCGUCUCAUUUCAUCAUUGGCCCUUACCACUGCAGCAAUUGGAAAUUUUGCAUUAAAUCACACUAGCGUUGAGAAGCUAGAUUUGGAAAAUUCACAACUCAUCUUUAGAGACAAGCUAAAACAGGACAAUGCUGAAUAUCGAGUUCGAUACAAACAUUUAGUUCUGUGUGAAAAUACUCCCCAUGAUGACAAGCUCCUCUCUAAGAAAACUCUUCAAGAAGAAUAUUCCUUCACAUUACCAACCAUCUCUCCUCAUAAUAUUGUGACACCAUACGGGAAGUUCAUACCACACUAUAGAUACUCCAUUUUAUCAUUGCCAGGGGAGCAUGUUGACCGAUUGAAAGGAAUUUUGAAGCUUGGCAAUUUUACAACUCAAGACAUUUAUAGCUCAUCUCGAUUCUUUUUUGAUAAUGAGUUAAAGCUUGUGAAAUUGGCAUCCACAAACGGAACAAUAUUCAAUAAUGCUCUCAAGGUCUUGGAUCGCACGAAAGAUUAUUAUGCAUCGCUCACAGUAUUGAGAUAUCUUUUUGGAAAGGAUUUUACAUCCAAGAAGACCGACCUUUCAAGAAAUUCACAACAGGAUGAGAAUGUAGCUAAUCAAGCUGCACAAGAGCAACCCAUUUACGGCUCUGAAAAUUUUGUUCACUUUCUCACUCAAACCAUGAAAGCACAAUAUCAUCACUUGCAUGAUGAUGUUAUUCGGUACUUGAAAUUUAAUUAUGGAGAUCGAUGUCUGAAUGUGCUGAGAGAAGGUGCUCGAGAGGUUGCAAGUCCAGAGGAAACAACAACUACGUUUUAUUUACAAAAUCAGAUCUGGGAAGAUUUACCAUUCUUGGAAUGUGAAAUUGGAUAUUUAGUUCGAGUAGAAAAUUGUUGUACUGCAUUAGACGUUGCUAUUAGAUGUCAGAUGUACAGGUAUGAUCCGCUUCGAGUCGUGUUGGAGUGUGACAAGCUAUUAGCUAUCAUGAAAGAUAAAUUAUCGUGGGACGAGAAGAGAUACAAGGAAGAAAAGACUCAACUUGUUCAAUUCCUUUCCAAAUACACUCAGCAUAUAGUUAUCUGA